GCUGUGCGCACAUAUCGCUCUGUCAGCGGUGCUUCUCUCAGUCUACAGCUCCAGGCUCUGCCACUACAGCUAUGGCUGAAGGGGGAGAAGGGGAAGAUGAAAUCCAGUUCUUGCGAACUGAUGAUGAAGUGGUGCUCCAGUGUGUUGCUACUAUUCAGAAGGAGAAUCGUAAAUUCUGCUUGUCUGCAGAGGGACUUGGAAAUCGACUGUGUUACCUCGAGCCCACUUCAGAAGCCAAGUAUGUUCCUCCUGACCUGUGCAUCUGUAACUUUGUACUGGAGCAGUCUCUCUCUGUGCGAGCUCUGCAGGAGAUGCUGGCCAACACAGACCAAAAUGGGGAAGGUACUCCUGAUCAUGAGCGAUGGGCGGGACAGGGGGGUGGACAUCGGACACUGCUGUAUGGUCACGCCAUCCUACUAAGGCAUUCAUUCAGUGGAAUGUAUCUAGCCUGUCUAAAGACAUCAAGGUCUCUGACAGACAAGCUGUCAUUUGAUGUAGGAUUACAGGAGGAUUCGACAGGCGAAGCCUGUUGGUGGACCAUUCAUCCAGCCUCCAAACAAAGGUCUGAGGGUGAAAAGGUUCGCAUUGGUGAUGAUCUCAUUUUGGUCAGUGUGUCCUCAGAGAGAUUCCUGCAUCUAUCAAUCUCCAAUGGAAACAUACAAGUGGAUGCGUCUUUCAUGCAAACACUGUGGAAUGUGCAGCCUACCUGCUCUGGCAGCAAUGUGGCAGUGGGAUAUGUACUGGGGGGACAUGUGAUGCGCCUGUUCCAUGGACAUGAUGAGCUCCUUACUAUACCAGGAGCGGACCAGUCUGCCGAGCAGCAGUGGCUGGUGAACUAUGAGACUGGGAAAACAGGUUCCAGGGCCAGGUCCCUGUGGAGAUUAGAGCCACUUCGGAUUAGCUGGAGUGGGAGCCAUAUUCGGUGGGGUCAACCUUUCCGCCUGCGCCAUCUCUCCACUGGUCACUACCUGGGUCAGACAGAGGACCGUGGCCUGGUACUGCUGGAAAGAGAGAAGUCUGACACUACUGCCACAUCAUUCUGCUUCAGGCCAAGCAAGGAGAAAGUGGACUCUGGCUCAAAGCGAGACGUUGAAGGCAUGGGGGUGGCAGAGAUCAAGUACGGUGAUUCGGUCUGCUUCAUCAUGCAUGUGGCGUCAGGACUGUGGCUGUCCUAUAUGGCACCAGAUGCAAAAUCCUCCCGCCUUGGACCACUCAAGAGAAGAGCUUUCCUGUAUCCAGAGGGCCACAUGGAUGAUGGGCUGAUUCUGCAGCUCUGCCAGCAUGAAGAGUCCAGAGCGGCUCGCAUCAUCCGCAACACCACUCUUCUCUUCACCCAGUUCAUCGGAGGGCUGGAUGAACUGAAAGGUGAGAAAGCAUCAGGGGUGAAUCUGCCAGUGGGAGAAGUACUACAAACUCUGAACGACCUCAUCACCUACUUCCAACAACCUGACUCAGAGUUGGAGCACGAGGAGAAGCAGAGGCAGUUGCGUUCGCUUAUCAAACGCCAGGACCUUUUCAAAGAGGAGGGAAUGCUUACACUGGUCUCUAUCUGCAUCGACCGACUCAACAUGUACAACAGUGCUGCUGAGUUUGAGGAGUUUGCAGGAGAGGAAGCAGGAGAGGCCUGGAAGGACGUCCUCAAUCUCCUCUAUGAGCUGCUUGCUGCCCUGAUCCGAGGAAACAGACCCAACUGUACGCAGUUCUCACGCAAACUGGACUGGCUGAUAAGCAAGCUGGAGCGGCUGGAGUCCUCCUCAGGUAUUCUGGAGGCUCUGCACUGCAUCCUAACAGAGAGUCCAGAGGCUCUUAACAUAAUCCAGAGAGACCACAUUAGAUCCAUCAUUUCCCUUCUCUAUAAACAUGGACGCAACCACAAGAUCCUGGACAUUCUCUGCUCUCUUUGUGUCUGCAAUGGAGUGGCAGUCCGAGCCAAUCAGAACAUCAUCUGUGACUACCUACUUCCCAGACGAGACCUGCUGCUGCAAACACGAUUGGUCAAUGAUGUGCAAAGCAUGAGACCCAACAUCUUCCUAGGCAUAAGUGAAGGAUCAGCUCAGUAUAAGAAGUGGUACUAUGAGCUGAUGAUUGAUCAGGUGGAUCAUUUUGUCACAAGUGAAUCCACUCAUCUUCGUGUAGGCUGGGCCAGCACUAAAGGCUAUGCCCCCUACCCUGGUGGUGGAGAGGGCUGGGGGGGCAACGGUGUUGGUGAUGAUCUCUACUCCUAUGCCUUUGAUGGACUUCAUCUGUGGUCAGGGCGAAUCCAACGGGCCGUGGCCUCCAUUAACCAGCACUUGCUGACCUCGGAUGAUGUGGUGAGCUGCUGCCUGGACCUCGGUGCGCCCAGCAUGUCCUUCCGCAUUAACGGCCAGCCUGUGCAGGGAAUGUUCGAGGACUUCAACACGGACGGUUUCUUCUUCCCUGUUGUCAGCUUCUCAGCAGGGGUCAAGGUUCGUUUCUUGUUGGGUGGUCGCCAUGGUGAAUUCAAGUUUCUACCCCCUGCUGGCUAUGCACCUUGUUAUGAAGCCCUUCUCCCCAAAGAAAAGAUGCGGGUGGAGCCUGUGAAGGAGUAUAAGAGGGAUAUGGAGGGAGUGAGGUACUUGCUGGGAACCACUCAAUUCCUUUCUCAAGCAUCCUUCAUUCCUGUUCCUGUCAAUACCAGCCAGACUGUUCUGCCUCCACACCUUGAAAAUGUACGCAAUAAGCUAGCUGAGAACAUCCAUGAACUCUGGGGUAUGAACAAAAUCGAGCUUGGCUGGACCUAUGGCAAGGUACGCGAUGACAACAAGAGGCAGCAUCCUUGCCUGGUUGACUUCUCCAAGCUGCCUGAAACUGAAAAAAAUUAUAACCUGCAAAUGUCAACAGAAACUUUAAAGACCUUACUGGCUUUGGGAUGUCAUGUUGUACAAAUCAAUGUCAAUGCUGAAGAUGACCUGAAGAAGAUCAAACUUCCCAAAGACUAUGUGAUGUCAAAUGGUUAUAAGCCUGCACCACUAGAACUUUCUGAUGUGAAACUGACACCUGGUCAGGAAUUUCUGGUUGAUAAACUAGCUGAAAACGCUCAUAAUGUUUGGGCCAAAGAUCGCAUUAAGCAAGGAUGGACCUAUGGUAUUCAGCAGGAUUUAAAGAGUAGACGCAAUCCUCGUCUGGUGCCAUAUUCAUUGUUAGAUGAACGCACAAAGAAGUCUAACAGAGACAGCCUUCGAGAGGCCAUCAGAACACUAAUUGGUUACGGAUACAACAUUGAGCCUCCAGAUCAAGAGGUGGCCCAUGUGAUGGAGAAGCAUGGUGUUGAAAAUGUUCGUUUCUUCCGUGUGGAGAAAUGCUAUGCAGUGCAAUCAGGGAAAUGGUAUUUUGAGUUUGAGGCUGUUACUGGAGGAGAAAUGUGCGUAGGCUGGGCUCGGCCCAGCUGUAGACCUGAUGUUGAAUUGGGCAUAGAUGACAAAGCCUAUGUUUUUGAUGGCUACCGUGGUCGACGGGUACACAUGGGCAGCCACUUCUUUGGGAGAACAUGGAACAAGGGUGACGUGGUGGGAUGCAUGAUUAACAUGGAAGAUAAGUCCAUGAUCUUUACUCUCAAUGGAGAGAUUAUCAUCACCAACAAGGGUUCUGAGCUCUGCUUCACUGACUUUGAGACUGAAGAUGGCUUCAUCCCAGUUUGCAGUCUUGGGCUCUCGCAGAUUGGCCGUAUGAACCUGGGCAAAGACGCCAGCACCUUUAAAUACUACACCAUGUGUGGCCUUCAGGAGGGUUUUGAGCCUUUCGCUGUCAACAUGAAUCGAGAGAUCACUAUGUGGUUCAGCAAACGCCUUCCUACGUUUGUCAAUGUGCCUGUGGAACAUGAGCACAUUGAGGUGACCAGAAUUGAUGGGACUGUGGACUCACCACCAUGUCUGAAGGUGAGCCAUAAGACCUUUGGAACUCAAGCUAGCAACAACGACAUGAUCUACUGCCGCUUGAGCAUGCCUGUCGAGUUUUAUUCUAGUCCCCGGAAAAUCACUAAUAUGAACGAGGUGAGCAUUGAUGGACAAAAAUCUAAGAAGGAUGACAGCGGGAAGACUGACUAUAGCAGCAUUACAAAGUAUUUCUACUCAGUGAGAGUGUUUGCAGGUCAGGACCCUGCCUCGAUAUGGGUAGGCUGGGUAACACCAGACUACCACUACUACAGCAAGAAAUUUAACCUGAGCAAAGUCCGUACAGUUACUGUGACUCUAGGGGACGAGCGUGGCCGCGUUCAUGAGAGUGUGAGGAGGAGUAAUUGUUACAUGGUGUGUGCUGGUGAAAUUACAAGCAGCUCUUCUGGACGAAGCAAUGCUGACCUCAUAAUUGGAUGUCAUAUUGAUCUUGCCUCUGGCCUUGUUUCAUUCACUGCCAACAACAAAGAGCUGCCUAUUGCAUAUCAGGUUGAGCCCAACACAAAACUGUUCCCUGCUGUGUUUGUUCAGCCCACAAGCCCCAACCUGUUUCAGUUUGAAUUUCCAAAAAUCAAAGAUGCCAUGCCACUGUCUUCAGCCAUUUUUACAAGUCUUCGCAAUAACCCAGAGCCACAGUGUCCUCCACGGCUGGAUGUACAGACCAUUGUAGCUGUUCUGUGGAGCAGGAUGCCCAACAUUUUCCUCUCAGUGGAGACAGCACGGGUCAGCGAGAGGCAUGGCUGGGUGGUUCAGUGUCUGGAGCCCUUGCAGAUGAUGGCAGUGCACAUUCCUGAGGAAAACAGGUGCAUAGACGUCAUGGAACUCUCAGAGGACGAGGUCUUGCGACAGUUUCACUACCACACUCUGAAGCUCUACUGUGCUCUCUGUGCUCUGGGAAACACUCGUGUGGCCCAUGCUCUCUGUAGCCACCUAGACCAAUCACAGCUCCUUUACACCAUUGACAACCAAUACCUGACAGGACAGCUGCGCGAGGGCUUCUAUGAUGUUCUUAUCAGCAUCCACCUGGAGACAGCAAAAGAAGCAAAACUCAUGAUGAAGAAUGAGUUUAUCAUACCUAUCACAGAGGAGACACGUAGCAUCCGCCUCUUCUCUGAUGACUCCAAACGCCACACUUUGCCAGGCGUGGGACUGAGCACGUCACUGAGCCCUCGGUUUAACUUCACACCUCCAUGCUUCAUAACGACUAAGCGUGAGCACAUCUACAGUCCACAGAUUCCGCUAGGUAUUCUAAAGGAGAAGGCCAUCAGCAUGCUGACGGAGGCAGUGCAAGGUGGAGGUGCUCAUAUUCGUGACCCUGUAGGGGGCAGCGUAGAGUACCAAUUUGUGCCUAUACUCAAGCUGAUUGCGACUCUGUUGAUUAUGGGCUCUCUGAGUAGUGAGGAGGUGAGAAUCAUCCUCCUGCUUAUCGAACCCAAUGUUUUCGGAGAAAUCAAGGAGGAGGAGACACAACUUUUAGCUGUAGAGGAGCCAGCAGAAAAAGAAGAGGCAAGCAGCAAUGAGGAAAAAGCCGUGGAGGCUGGGGAGGAAGAAAGCAAAGAACAUAAGCAGCCACCUAAAGGCCUUUUGGAGAAGAGCCUGCCUGAGUCAGUUAAACACCAGAUGUGUGAACUCCUGCACUAUUUCUGUGAUUGUGAGCUGAAGCAGCGCAUCGAGUCUAUUGUGGCAUUCUCAGAUAUUUUCGUGGCCAAACUGCAGUUCAACCAGAAGUUCCGCUACAAUGAACUCAUGCAGGCCCUCAACAUGUCCGCUGCUGUUACUGCCAAGAAGACGAAGGAAUUCCGCUCACCUCCCCAAGAGCAGAUUAACAUGCUUCUGGACUUCAGUGCUGGAGAGGAUUGUCCCUGUCCUGAGGACAUUCAAGAAGAGCUUCAUGCCUUCCAUGAUGAUCUGAGACUCCACUGUGGUAUUCCCAUGGAAGAAGAAGAGGAGGAACCGGAUACAUCUAUAAAAGGCCGCCUGCUCUCCUUGUUAUAUAAAAUCAAAGGUCGCCCACAGAAAACUGAGGAACAACCAUCAGAGGAAGAGCAAGCAGCUCCAACAAACCUGAAGGAGCUGAUCUCUCAGACAAUGGUGAGCUGGGCCCAGGAAUGCAAAAUUCAGAACCCAAAGCUGGUACGAAGCAUGUUCAGCCUACUCCGAAGGCAAUAUGAUGGCAUUGGUGAGCUGCUGCGUGCCAUGAGAAAAAGCUAUACUAUCAGUGAGAAAUCUGUUCAGGAUGCCAUUAACCUACUGGCCUCACUGGGCCAGAUCCGCUCUCUGCUCAGCGUCAGAAUGGGUGAAGAGGAGGGUCAGCUCAUGAUCGAUGGCCUGGGGGAUAUAAUGAACAACAAAGUGUUUUAUCAGCAUCCAAAUCUGAUGCGGAUAAUGGGCAUGCAUGAGACAGUCAUGGAGGUCAUGGUCAACGUGCUAGGAGGAGACAAAUCUAAGGAGAUUGCUUUCCCCAAAAUGGUGGCCAGUUGCUGCCGUUUCCUUUGCUACUUCUGUCGCAUCAGCCGUGAGAAUCAGAAAGCCAUGUUUGAACACUUGAGCUACCUACUGGAGAAUAGCAGUGUGGGGCUGGCUUGCACUGCCAUGAGAGGCUCCACUCCUUUGGAUGUGGCCGCAUCCUCAGUGAUGGACAACAACAGCCUGGCACUGGCUUUAGAGGAACCAGACCUGGAAAAGGUGGUGAUGUACUUGGCUGGUUGUGGUCUACAGAGCUGCCCUAUGCUGGUAGCUAAGGGAUACCCUGACAUCGGCUGGAAUCCUAUAGAAGGGGAACGUUAUCUGUCUUUCCUCCGAUUUGCUGUGUUUGUUAAUGGUGAGAGUGUAGAGGAGAAUGCUAAUGUAGUGGUAAAGUUGUUGAUCAGGCGUCCUGAGUGUUUUGGCCCUGCACUGAGAGGAGAGGGGGGACAAGGUCUGUUGGCUGCCAUGCUGGAGGCCAUCAAGAUCUCCGAGGACCCUGCUCUCGACCUUCCUAACCUUCCUGGAGGAGGAGCACCUGUGCCUGGGGAGGAUGGGGAGGAGGAAGAGUUGGCACACAUGGGCAACUCUAUCAUGUCCUUCUACUCAGCUCUUAUUGACCUGCUGGGACGCUGUGCACCUGAGAUGCAUUUAAUCAAUACAGGCAAGGGUGAAGCUCUGCGUAUCCGUGCCAUCCUGCGUUCUCUAGUGCCUACUAAAGACUUAGUGGGCAUCAUCAGCAUACCACUGAAAGUGCCAAUAAUCAACAAAGAUGGCAGUGUCACAGAGCCAGACAUGAACUCUAGUUUCUGUCCGGAGCACAAAUCACCAAUGGUGCUCUUCCUGGACCGUGUGUAUGGUAUUGAGGACCAAAGCUUCUUGCUAAACCUGUUGGAGGUGGGCUUCCUGCCUGACUUCAGGGUCUCUGCAUCUUUGGACACAGAGGUGCUGAGCACUACAGAGACAGCACUGGCCUUGAACAGGUAUAUUGGUUCAGCUGUGCUGCCUUUGCUGACACGAUGUGCGUCUCUCUUUGCUCAUACUGAGCACUACACUACGCUCAUGGACUCCACACUACAAACCAUUUACAGACUGUCCAAGGGCCGCUCUCUCACCAAGGCUCAGAGAGACUCUAUCGAGGAGUGCCUUCUUGCCAUCUGCAAACACCUGCGGCCUUCUAUGCUGCAACAGCUCCUGCGCCGUCUGGUGUUCGAUGUGCCACAGCUUACAGAAUACUGCAAGAUGCCCAUAAAGCUUUUGUCCAAUCACUAUGAACAGAACUGGAAAUACUACUGCCUGCCUUCGGGCCUGGGCAGUUAUGGGAUGGCAUCAGAAGAGGAGCUCCACCUUACCACCAAACUCUUCUGGGGUCUUUUUGAUGCUCUCUCUCAAAAGAAAUAUGAUGCAGAGCUUUUCAAAAUGGCUAUGAUGUGUCUGAGUGCCAUAGGUGGAGCCAUCCCACCUGAUUAUGUAUACAUCAGCCCAGCCACCACUCUUGUAAAGCAGGUCUCUGUGGAUUCUCAAGGAAACUUUGAUCCCAAGCCUAUCAACACUGCCAACAUCUCACUGCCUGAAAAACUUGAUUACAUUGCCAACAAGUAUGCUGAACAUUGCCAUGAGAAAUGGUCUUCUGAGAAGUUUGCUCUAGGCUGGACUGCAGGUGAAAAAGUAGAUGACCAAGCCAAAACCCACCCUUUACUGAAGCCAUAUAAAGCACUGAGUGAAAAGGAGAGGGAAACCUACCGCUACCCAGUGAAGGAAUCUCUGAAGUGCAUGCUGGCAAUGGGCUGGACCAUCGAAAGGACCAAAGAAGGAGAUGCCAUGUUCCAACAGCGUGAAGCAGAGAAACAGAUUAAGACUUCAGAGCCUUCUCAGGGAGACGGAUUUCAUCCAGCGCCUGUAGAAUUGGAAAAUGUAACUUUAUCUAGAGAACUACAGAGUAUGGUAGAGACUGUAGCAGAGAAUUACCACAAUAUCUGGGCAAAUAAAAAGAAAAUGGAACUAAGCAGCAAAGGAGGAGGGACUCACCCACUGCUGGUACCUUACGACACACUGACAGCAAAGGAGAAGUUCAGAGACAGAGAAAAGUCUCAGGAGCUCUUCAAAUUCCUGCAGCUUAACGGCUAUGCAAUAAGCAGAGGUUUGAAGGAAUUGGAGCAUGAUUCUUCCUCUAUGGAAAAGAGGAUUGCUUACAAGUUCCUGAAGAGGCUGCUGAGUUACGUAGACUCAGCACAGGAAUUUAUAGCCCAUCUAGAGGCUAUGGCCACCAGUGGAAAAACUGACAAAUCACCUCAUGAGCAGGAGAUAAAGUUCUUUGCAAAGGUCCUGCUGCCGUUGCUUGACCAGUACUUUAAGAAUCAUUGCCUUUACUUCCUGUCUUCUCCCAGCAUCAAUCUGAGCAGCAGCGGUUAUGCUUCAAACAAAGAGAAGGAGAUGAUCACCAGUCUCUUCUGUAAGCUGGCAUCUCUCGUUAGACAUAGGAUUUCUCUGUUUGGAAGUGACUCUGCUACGAUGGUGAGCUGUCUGCUUAUCCUUGCACAUUCACUGGACUUUAGGACAGUGAUGAAGUCUGGUUCCGAAUUGGUGAAGGCUGGAGUUAGGACGUUCUUUGAGAAUGCUGCAGAAGACUUGGAGAAGACUAUGGAGAACCUAAAGCUGGGCAAGAUGGGCCAGUCUCGCACCCAAAUGAAGGGAGUGGCUCAGAUCAUCAACUACACUUCAGUGGCACUGCUGCCUAUUCUUACUGCUCUAUUUCAGCACAUCACUGAGCACCAGUUUGGGGCAGACUUGCUGUUGGAUGAUGUUCAACUUUCCUGCUAUCGAAUUCUGACCAGCCUAUACUCCCUGGGAACUGGCAAAAACAUCUAUGUUGAAAAGCAGCUUCCAGUGCUGGGAGAAUGCUUGGCUACUCUGGUGGGAGCUAUGCCUGUAGCUUUCCUAGAGCCUCAUCUGAACAUGCACAACCCACGCUCUGUCUUCAAUACAAAGACACCACGGGAGAGAGCAAUUCUGAGCAUGCCUGACACUGUGGAGGAGAUGUGUCCUGAGAUGCCACGUGUGGACGGCCUGUUGAAAGAUAUCCACGACAUCUCGGAGUCUGGGGCUCGCUACACAGAGAUGCCACAUGUCAUCGAGGUCAUCUUGCCCAUGCUGUGUAACUAUCUUUCUUACUGGUGGGAAAAGGGUCCUGAGAACUCUCCGAAUCAUGAGAGCUGCUGUACCACUGUCACCUCUGAGCACCUCAGCCUCAUCCUGGGUGACAUCCUCAAGAUCCUCAACAACAACCUGGGUAUAGAUGAAGCGUCCUGGAUGAAGAGGCUUGCAGUGUACACACAGCCAAUCAUUAGCAAAGCAGGAGCAGACCUAUUACGUACUCACUUCCUGCCCACCCUGGAGAAGCUGAAGAAGAAGACAGUGAAGAUUGUGGCUGAGGAGGAGAUGAUAAGGGCUGAAAGCAAAGCUGACACUCAGGAGGCCGAGCUGCAGAUCCUGGAUGAGUUUGCUGUCCUCUGCAGAGACCUGUACGCUUUUUACCCCAUGCUCAUCCGCUACGUGGACAACAACAGGUCUAAAUGGCUAAAGAAACCAAGUACAGAUUCAACAGAACUCUUCAACAUGGUGGCAGAGAUUUUCAUACUCUGGUGUAAAUCUCAUAAUUUCAAAAGGGAAGAGCAAAACUUUGUGGUGCAAAAUGAAAUCAACAACCUUGCCUUCCUCACUGGAGACAACAAGACCAAGAUGUCAAAGUCAGGAGGUCAGGACCAGGAGAGGAAAGGGAAGAAGAGAAGAGGAGAAUUGUAUUCUAUUCAGACAUCCUUAAUUGUGGCAGCUCACAAGAAACUGCUGCCAAUCGGCCUCAACAUGUGCACGGCUGGAGACCAGGAGCUCAUCUCUCUGGCCAAGAUCCGCUACAGUCUGAAAGACACAGAUGACGAGGUGAAGGAUCAUCUUAGACAGAACCUACAUCUUCAACAGAAGACAGAGGAUCCGGCAGUGCAGUGGCAGCUAAACCUCUAUAAGGAUGUGGAGGUGAAGGGCGAGGAGCCUAUAAAUACUGACCACAUUAUCGCAAAGAUCCAAGGCAUCUCAGCCGCCGUCUUCCAUCUUGAGCAGGUGGAGCAGCCUCUCAGGUGUAAAAAAUUGGUAUGGCAGAAGCAUCUGUCCAAACAGCGCAAGCGUGCUGUGGUUGCCUGUUUCCGCAUGGCCCCUUUGUACAACCUCCCUAGAUUCAAAAAUAAUAAUUACUUCCUGAAUGGCUAUGGGUACGUUUGGCUGGAAAAGUUGUACCAAACCUCCAGCUUUGACGGUCUGUUCUCCAUGCUAACGAAAACCCCCAUGGCUGUCGAAAAAGAAGAGGAGGAAGCAGAGGCUGAGGUCCAGCCAGAUCCUCUUAACCAGCUCAUCCUCCACUUCAGUCAUAAUGCCCUGACUGAGAGAAGUGUCCAAGAAGUAGAUCCCUUGUAUAUUGCAUAUGCAGAUAUGAUGGCAAAGAGCUGUGCUGAGGAUGAAGAAGCAGAGGAGGAAGAAGAAAAAGAAAAGACAUUUGAGGAGAAGGAGAUGGAGAAGCAGAAAAUUUUGUAUCAGCAGGCCAGGCUGCAUGCUCGAGGUGCGGCUGAGAUGGUACUCCAGAUGAUUAGUGCAAGCAAAGGCCAUCUUGGCCCUAUGGUGAGGUAUACUCUGAAACUGGGUAUCUCUAUUCUCAAUGGAGGCAAUGUAGUUGUUCAGCAGAAAAUGCUGGACUACCUGAAAGAAAAAAGAGAUGCUGGCUUUUUUAAAAGUCUGUCUGGACUGAUGCUGUCCUGCAGUGUGCUGGAUCUGAACGCAUUUGAGAGACAGAAGAAGGCAGAGAGCCUUGGAAUGGUGACUGAAGAAGGUUCAAUCAACGCGAGUGAGCGGGGUUCCAAAGUACUACAAAAUGAUGAAUUUACAAAGGAUUUAUUUCGGUUUUUGCAGCUGUUAUGUGAGGGCCACAAUAAUGAUUUCCAAAACUUCCUGCGAACUCAAAGUGGAAAUACAACCACAGUCAACAUCAUUAUUAGCACAGUGGACUACCUCCUACGUUUGCAGGAAUCCAUAAGUGAUUUCUACUGGUAUUACUCUGGAAAAGAUGUCAUUGAUGAGCAUGGACAGCUAAACUUCUCCAAAGCCAUGGAAGUAGCGAAACAGAUCUUCAAUUCACUCACUGAGUACAUUCAGGGUCCAUGUAUUGGUAACCAGCAGAGUCUGGCACACAGUAGGCUGUGGGAUGCCGUGGUUGGAUUCCUGCAUGUUUUUGCCAACAUGCAAAUGAAACUAUCACAGGACUCUAGCCAGAUUGAGCUGUUAAAGGAAUUAAUGGAUUUGCAGAAGGAUAUGGUGGUCAUGAUGUUAUCUCUUUUGGAGGGUAACGUGGUGAAUGGCACAAUUGGGAAGCAGAUGGUCGACACAUUAGUGGAGUCCUCAAGUAACGUUGAAAUGAUCCUCAAAUUCUUUGAUAUGUUUCUCAAGCUAAACAAUCUUACUACCUCUGAUAACUUUAAAGAGUACGACCCUGAAGGGAAAGGAAUUAUUUCUAAAAAGGAGUUCCAGAAGUCAAUGGAGAGUCAAAAGCAGUACACACAAUCUGAGAUUGAUUAUCUUCUCUCUUGUGCUGAGGCUGAUGAAAACGACAUGUUUAACUACAUGGAAUUUGUGGAACGCUUCCACGAGCCGGCAAAGGAUAUUGGCUUCAAUGUGGCUGUGCUGCUCACCAAUCUGUCCGAGCAUAUGCCCCACGAUUCACGCCUCAGCACCUUCCUGGACCUGGCAGAGAGUGUACUGAGUUAUUUCGAGCCCUAUUUGGGCCGUAUCGAGAUCAUGGGCGGUGCCAAGCGGAUCGAGCGUAUCUACUUUGAAAUCAGUGAAUCUAGCAGAGAGCAGUGGGAGAAGCCUCAGGUGAAGGAGUCCAAGAGGCAGUUCAUCUUUGACAUGGUCAAUGAGGGCAGUGAAAGUGAGAAGAUGGAGCUGUUUGUAAACUUCUGUGAAGACACAAUUUUUGAGAUGCAGCUGGCUUCCCAGAUAUCCGAGUCAGGUGCUGUAGAACGCCCUGAAGAGGAGGAAGAACAGCAUAGUAUGUUGGAGGAUCUGUCAGAAGAGGAAGAUCAGUCCCUUGAGUCUGCUUCAGCCUUCACUGUUGCCUGUGCUUCUGUGAAGAAAAAAGUAUCCAACUUCCGUCAAAUGCUGACCAUCAAGAACAUGCGUAAACAGUUCAAGAAGUUUAAAAAGCUGACUAUUAAGGAAAUGAUUACAGGGUUCUUUUCAUUCUUUUGGAUGCUUUUCACAGGGUUCUUUAAAGGCAUUUUUAGCCUGAUCUUUGGAUUCUUUCAUAUAAUCUGGUCCUCAAUGUUUGGAGGAGGCCUUGUUGAAGGAGCUAAAAACAUGAAGGUAACAGACAUCUUAGGCAACAUGCCAGAUCCUACUCAGUUUGGAAUCCAUGGCGAUAUUAUGGAGUUAGAGAAAGCAGAGAAUGGUGAAAUAGUGGUAUCUACAGAAAUGGUACAGAUGGCUGGCACAGUGGACAAACUGGAACCUGAUGCCAUCAUAGAUCUCAUUAGUCCACCAACUAAACGAGAGGGAAAGCAUGGACAUGAGCCUGGACUUGGGGAUGUCUCAGAGAUUACCACAGAAGCCAGUCCUCGCGUUGAAAAGAAAAAGUGCCAGAAAGCUGUACCAGAGGAGCCUGAACCUGAGAAAGCUGACACAGAGACUCAUGAAAAAGAAGAUAAAGCCAAAGAGGAAAAGCCUGAAGAGCCAGUAGCGGAGGAGAUGCUAGCGCCAAGAAAACACCAUGGCCCACCCAAGGAGGAACCUCCUGAAUUAAUGGCCACCUUCUUUGCUGGCCUUGAAGUGUAUAAGACCAAGAUGCUAAACUACUUGGCUCGUAAUUUUUACAACCUUCGGAUGUUGGCGCUUUUUGUGGCAUUUGCAAUUAACUUCAUCCUGCUCUUCUACAAGGUGACUGCUGAAACAGAGGAUGAGGAUGAGGAGGAGUCAUGGGGUGGCAGUGAUGAUGAUGAUGAAGAAGACAGUGAUAUGGAAUUCUAUGUACUCCAGGAGGGCACUGGCUAUAUGGCUCCCACUCUGACUUUCUUGGCUAUACUGCAUACAGUUAUUUCUCUCCUUUGUGUGGUGGGAUAUUACUGCCUCAAGGUCCCUUUGGUGGUGUUUAAGCGAGAGAAGGAGAUUGCAAGGAAGCUCGAGUUUGAUGGAUUGUACAUCACCGAACAGCCAUCUGAUGAUGAUAUCAAGGGACAAUGGGAUCGUUUGGUUAUUGCCACUCCGUCUUUCCCCAAUAAUUACUGGGACAAAUUUGUCAAGAGGAAGGUCAUCAACAAAUACGGAGAUUUGUAUGGAGCUGAGCGUAUUGCUGAACUCCUCGGACUGGAUAAGAGUGCACUCGACUUUGAUCCUACAGAGGAAGCUGUGGUGAAAGAGGCUUCUCUGUUAUCCUGGUUGAGCUCUAUAGACACGAAGUACCACAUUUGGAAAAUGGGAGUUGUCCUAACUGACAAUUCUUACCUCUACCUGAUCUGGUACACCACCAUGUCUGUUCUGGGCCAUUACAACAACUUCUUCUUUGCUGCUCAUUUGCUGGAUAUUGCCAUGGGCUUCAAGACUUUGAGAACAAUCCUGUCUUCUGUAACUCACAACGGCAAACAGUUGGUGUUGACUGUGGGCCUGCUUGCAGUUGUGGUUUAUCUGUACACUGUUGUGGCGUUCAACUUCUUCCGCAAGUUCUACAACAAGAGCGAGGAUGAGGAUGAACCUGACAUGAAAUGUGAUGAUAUGAUGACUUGCUACCUAUUCCACAUGUACGUUGGUGUGAGAGCUGGUGGAGGCAUUGGUGAUGAGAUUGAAGACCCAGCUGGUGACCCUUAUGAGCUUUACCGCAUCCUCUUUGACAUUACCUUCUUCUUCUUUGUCAUUGUCAUCCUGUUGGCCAUCAUUCAGGGUUUGAUCAUCGAUGCAUUUGGCGAGUUGAGAGAUCAGCAGGAACAAGUGAAGGAGGACAUGGAGACAAAGUGUUUUAUAUGUGGGAUUGGAAAUGACUACUUUGACACUACACCACAUGGCUUUGAGACUCAUACUUUACAAGAGCACAACCUGGCCAAUUAUCUAUUCUUCUUGAUGUAUCUCAUUAAUAAAGAUGAAACUGAACAUACUGGUCAGGAGUCCUAUGUAUGGAAGAUGUAUCAGGAGAGGUGCUGGGACUUCUUCCCUGCUGGAGACUGUUUCCGCAAACAAUACGAGGACCAGUUGGGCUAGAGGGACUGUCAAUGCCCUUUACCCAUAUGCUAAUGAGAUUCGAACUCCAACCUGACGAAGAACUCAAAACUAGUAUAAAACAUGCUGCUGAUGAUACGUUUUGUUUAAAAGCAUGACUAUGGGAAACGAUCUACAAUCACUUAUUUAUGACAAAGACAUUGAGCCACAAAUGUGAAAUGUAAAAAAAAACAACACACAGACAAAAACAAACAUGGUGCCAA